UGAUUGGCCCGUCGGGCUGCCAAUCACUCGUGGGAGGCGGAACCCUCGGGUCGCUGCUGCUACAGACGCGCGUUCAGGCGAAGCGGAGCCUCGAACCGACGGCAGAAAUGGACAAAAAUAAAGGAAAAAGCCGAAAUCUGGAGCUUCUGAGAGGGGCAGUGUCGCGCUGAGGGGCGUUAAACGCGGAGGAUCGCGCUCCAGCGAACAGGAAGCGGAGGAGGAAGCGCCGCAGCGACGCGCUAUUUUUAUCUUUUUGUGUUUUUGGACUCGACAUGAGCUAAAGUUCCGUCAGCUCACCGACUGACACCCAACAACAGCGAGCAGCCGGUCAGCACGGAGAAACGGGCCGUUACCGGACACCGAGGCCGGGGGAGCGAGCGCAGCGGACGCAGCCGCAGGGAACCCUAUGCCAUGGAUCUAAAGACUGCAGUCUUCAAUGCCGCCCGCGACGGCAAGCUGAAGCUGCUGCAGAAGCUGCUGGAGAAUAAGAGCGACCGCGAGGUGCUCAAGCUGAUGGCGGAGAAGACCAAUGGAGCCACGCCGCUGCUGAUGGCGUCUCGCUACGGCCACCUAGAGCUGGUGGAGUUCCUGAUGGAGUGCUGCUGUGCGCCCGUGGAGCUCGGCGGAUCCGUUAACUUCGAUGGCGAGGUGAUCGAGGGCGCGCCGCCGCUGUGGGCCGCCUCCGCCGCAGGACACCUGAAAGUGGUGCAGUCUCUGCUGGGCCACGGAGCCUCCGUUAACAACACCACCCUCACCAACUCCACCCCGCUGCGCGCCGCCUGCUUUGACGGACACCUGGACAUCGUGCGUUACCUGGUGGAACACCAGGCGGACCUGGAGGUAGCCAACCGGCACGGGCACACCUGCCUGAUGAUCUCCUGCUAUAAAGGCCACCGCGAGAUCGCACAGUUCCUGCUGGAGAAAGGAGCCGACGUCAACCGCAGGAGUGUCAAAGGAAACACGGCUCUACACGACUGCGCAGAAUCGGGGAGUCUGGAGAUCAUGAAGAUGCUGCUGAAGUUCGGCGCCGGCAUGGAGAAGGACGGCUACGGGAUGACGCCGCUGCUGUCGGCCAGCGUGACGGGGCACACCAACAUCGUGGACUUCUUGACGGCGCACCCGCAGACGGGCCGGGCGGAGCGCAUCAGUGCGCUGGAGCUGCUGGGAGCCACGUUUGUGGACAAGAAGCGUGACCUGCUGGGGGCGCUGCAGUACUGGAAGCGGGCGAUGGAGCUGCGGCACAGCGAGGCCGACUGCGUUCUGCACAGGGAGGCGCCACUGGAGCCGGAGCCGGCGUACGACUGCAGCCGAGAGGUGUCGACGGCGGAGGAGCUGGACGGGCUGAUCGCAGACCCCGACGACAUGCGCAUGCAGGCGCUGCUGAUUCGCGAGCGCAUCCUGGGCCCCGCCCACCCCGACACCUCCUACUACAUCCGAUACCGCGGCGCCGUCUACGCCGACUCGGGGAACUUCGAGCGCUGCAUCCGGCUGUGGAAGUACGCUCUGGACAUGCAGCAGAGCAACCUGGAGCCGCUGAGCCCCAUGACCGCCAGCAGCCUGCUGUCCUUCGCCGAGCUCUUCUCCUUUAUGCUGCAGGACCGAGCCAAAGGCCUGCUGGGCGCCGGCGUGUCCUUCCAGCAGCUGAUGGAGAUCCUGUGCCGCAGCGUGCUGGAGAUCGAGCGCGCCGUCAAGCAGCCGCGACCCGCCCCCGGACCCGACCCUGACCCGGCGCAGCUCAGCAAGCUGCUGUCCAUCAUCCUGCACCUGAUCUGCCUGCUGGAGAAGCUGCCGUGCUCGCCGGAGCAGGACCAGCACAAGAAGGAGACCAUCUACCGCUUCCUGAAGCUGCAGGCCUGCGGGAGGAACGGCUUCAGCCCGCUGCACCUGGCCGUGGACCGCAACACCACCUGCGUGGGCCGCUACCCCGUCUGCAAGUUCCCGUCGCUGCAGGUGGCGUCGGUGCUGCUGGAGUGCGGAGCGGACGUCAACAGCCGAGACCUGGACGACAACAGCCCGCUGCACGUGGCGGCGUCCAACAACCACCCGGACAUCAUGAAGCUGCUGAUCUCCGGCGGGACGCACUUCGACAGCACCAACGCCCUGCAGCAGACGGCCUGCGACCUGCUGGACCACACGCAGCUGGCCAAGAGCCUGAUUCAGCCCAUCAACCACACCACGCUGCAGUGCCUGGCGGCGCGCGCCAUCGUCCGGCACCGGCUGGCGUACCGAGGGAGCAUCCCGGAGCGGCUGGAGGCGUUCGUGCUGCUGCACAGAUAGUGUGAGCUGUGUGUGUGUGUGUGUGUGUGUGUGUGUGUGUGUGUGUGUGUGUGUGUGCGCUCCUGCGUCUCCGUCUGCAGAUUCAC